CCUUAUAUUCCUUUUUCUUUUCAAUUUCUGGAAUCCUAACAAGCAUAUAAGUCAUGAACAAUUGAUUUUCUGGUUAUCUUUUUCAGGAAAUUAUACAAAAAUGGGUCAGAUUUUGAUCUCCAUUAUGGGGUUUCUCACAUUCGCAUUAUCGGUUAAUGGUUACUAUGUAACUCCAUGGAGCAAUGCCCAUGCGACCUUCUAUGGUGGUGGUGAUGCCUCUGGGACAAUGGGUGGGGCUUGUGGGUAUGGAAAUUUAUACAGCCAAGGGUAUGGUACAAACACUGCUGCACUAAGUACACCCUUGUUUAACAAUGGAUUGAGUUGUGGAUCAUGUUAUGAGCUUAGGUGUGUUAAUGAUCCACAAUGGUGCCUUCCGGGCACCAUUGUGGUCACUGCCACCAAUUUCUGCCCACCAGGCGGAUGGUGUGAUAAUAUUCAUUUUGAUCUGUCUGAACCGGUUUUUCUUCACAUUGCUCAAUACCGAGCCGGAGUUGUGCCCGUUGCUUACCGAAGGGUACCCUGCAGGAGAAGUGGGGGGAUUAGGUUCACAGUAAAUGGGCACUCCUACUUCAACUUGGUCCUAAUCACAAAUGUAGGUGAUGCAGGAGAUGUGAGAUCUGUAUUUAUUAAAGGGUCAAGAACAGGGUGGCAACCAAUGUCAAGAAAUUGGGGGCAAAAUUGGCAAAGCAAUAGUUACCUCAAUGGACAAUCCCUAUCUUUUAAGGUCACCACAGGUGAUGGUAGAAGUGUAGUGUCCUACAACGUGGCACCACCCAAUUGGUCUUUUGGACAGACAUUUACCGGGAAUCAGUUUCGUUAAACUGUCAGAAAUUUAGUUUGAUGGUAUUUAAUUUGGUAUUUUGAAUAACCUUGAAAAAGGUAUGAGUUCAAUUAGUUCUCUUGGUUUUAUUUUUAUAAAGGAAUCAAUAGGCGGGGAUGAUGGAAUUAAAUAAACUUAUGUAAUGAUGUUUUAUAGUGUAUACUUAUACGAAUUUGAUGAGUAUAGUGUUGUGUUUUGCUUGUAUAAUUGGGGUAUCGUAUGUGUUUUUUUCCGUCGUAUGGAGUAAUUUUAAAAUUCCUACUCGGUGUAAUUGUAAACGUAUAAAUGAAUAUUUUCAUUUUUAAUAUUA